AUGGAUGAGCCCGAGAAAGUGAGGGGCAGGGAGGAUGCGGCGUCGGGCCACGAGGCUGGCGGCGCCGAGGAGGCCGGGGAUGGGUUCCAGCUCGUGAUCCAUGGCAAGAAGAAGAAGAGGGCGGCCAGCGGCCAGGACUGCGGGACUGCUGGCUCUGGCUUUGGCGCCGGGCCAGUGCGGGCGUUGACCAGGGAGAAGGGAGCCGCGCCGGUGCCGGGGGCCAAGGUGCCUUUCCACGAUCCAAGCAUUCCCCGGCCGCAGGACGUGUACAAAAUCAGAGUGGAUAACUACAAGCCAUUCGAGCAUGUCUGGCUGGAGCGCAGCGAAGACGGCACCCGACAUGUUCACCCGCUGGAAAACCUACCUGUUGAACAGUUCGUUGACAGAAAUGUUCCUGACAGAGAACCAGUGAAGCCAGCUGAUUUAGAGGAUACACCAUUUACGCUGGUUCAAGAUCACAAAGGCUUAACAGAAUUAGCUAAGAAGUUGAAGAGCGUAACUGAAUUUGCUGUAGAUCUGGAGCAUAAUCAAUAUAGGUCAUUUCAGGGCUUCACCUGCUUGAUGCAGAUUUCAACAAGAACAGAAGACUUUAUUGUGGACACUCUUAAGCUACGCCUAUACAUUGGUCUCUAUUUGCAAGAGCCUUUCAAAGAUCCAACAAAGAGAAAGGUAAUGCAUGGUGCGGAUCGUGAUAUAAUGUGGCUCCAGCGGGACUUCCACAUCUAUGUGUGCAAUCUUUUUGACACAGGACAAGUAUGUGUAAAUUAG